ACACUGAGAUGUUGAAAACCAAGCACGACCAGGCUAUAGCCAUGCCUACAUCAAGCACAUUGGAUGGAUACAAUAUUCAGUUCACUGGGACUUUCCAGAACACCCAGGCCGGUAUGACUGCCCUGGUCAAAUCACAUGGCGCAACAGUAGGAACAAAAGCUGUUUUCAGUCUACUGAUAGCUUCGAAGCUUGAGUUUGAUCUAUCAACAAACAAAAUCCUGCAGGCUAAGAAGAAAGGGGUUUCAAUAGUAGGUGAAAUGUAUUUGUACGACUGCAUCAUCAACCAUAAGAAACAGAAUGAGGAUCAUUACAGAUUAGAUGACUAGUCACAUACAAUAUUAAUGAUCACUAUGGCAUUGCUGAUUUGGUGGCCGUCAUGCCUUGCAACUUGGAAGUCCUGAUUUUGAUACCCUGGCCAGUGGCCACUUAGCCUUGUGACUGUGAGUUCACAAUUUCCAUCCUGUCAUCGACUCACUGGAGUUCUAGUUAACUAUUUGCUCACAAAAAAUGGGACAAUUUUUUUAGCUGCAACAUCCAAUGGCGCAAGUGGGAGUACCUAUAGGAAACCCCACCUGACCGUAUGGUGACCACCAAAGCAAACUCAUAUGCUUCCUAAAUGUAGGUGCCGAGAUGAGGAGCACGUGUACCAACAAUUGCACUAACCAGACAGCAUAAAAAAGACUCGAGAUUGUCUCGAUUAGCCAUCUGCUUUUGAUGAAAUUGAACAAAUAAAAUUAAAUUGGUUUGAACAGUUAUAGAAUAUUGUGUUUUACAUUUUGUCAGUUUAAGUCAAGUUUAAAUUGUUUAAAGUGAAGCGGUUGUAUCUGUUGAACAUUUUUAGAUUAGUAGAUAAAGUACCAUAAUGACUCAAGAUUUUCUGACAAUUAAACAAUUGUGUGAAUAAAUUUAGAUUCUUAAAAAUAUUCCCAGAAGUCUGUGUCAACCAAUGAUCUCUUUUUGUCUGUUGUUUAUGAGUAGAUUGUCAAAAUGGAUGUUAAAUUUU